GAGGCUUCAGGUUGAAGACUGAAACUGAAGGGAAAACUCGCUUGGAGCAGACGCCCUAAAGAAUGGAAGAUUUUGAUAAGAAGCUCUCUCUCGCUGAGCAAAUGGAGGAAGACGGAAGAACCUCUGGCGAUUCUAGCGGUUCCUCCAACACUCUCACUUUGCUCCGCAAGUUUCUUGAAAUCCAGCAGCGUAGAGCAGAAGCUUAUGCCAGGCUUAAGAGGGGUUUCGAUGAGUAUAUGACUUCAGGAAGGGAGAUAUCUUACCAACAGCUUUGCGGUGAGAUCACUGCAGAAUUCAGUAAUUGCUCCAAACAAGUCAUUGACAUUGAGUCGAACUUCUGUAGUCCAGAUCAUGACAGGAUCGAGUUAGCCAGCCUGCUUAGAUCUGUUCAAGAACAAGAAAAGCAGAAAUUGCAUCUGACAGCUCAAAUUCAGUUAUUGAAGAAGGCUGGUCGCCCAUCGGAGCGCUUGGUGAGCCACGAGAAUUGCAGAUUCAAGACACCUCGAGAGCACGAGUGUCUGCAUGUCCACGAGAUAACUGAAGCUUCAGGUACCGAGGAAGCAGAAGCAGAUGCCGAAUAUGACAAUGCUCUCAAGGAAGCAAUCAAAGGUGUGCAAGAUGCUGUGACGACCAUUAAUGAGCACAUGGAGGAAGUGAGAUAUGAGAUUGCAGCUCUUGAAGAUAAGUAAUCUUGUGACAUAUGUAUAUGUUCAUUGGUAACAUCUUGCUCUGCAAUUGAAUUGGUUAUUGAAACGUACCUGUAAAGAUACACAGAAUUGGUUCUUUACUAACGAGCAUUCGCUCGACGUAGGGAUAAAGCGAAAAGUUUACUUUCUUCGUGUUUGGCCCGGUAUGUCGCUAUCUUUUACGAGAUAUAUCCACUGAAUUCUCAAUUUUUAGCCCCAA